GUAAUGUUGGCCUUAAACGAUUAUCAAUUAAGCUUGUUAGCUCGGCGACACAUAAGCACGAUGAAGAUUGAGACCAGGCAGCGUGAUAGUGGCGUCAGGCAAUCAUCCUCAAAGCCAAGUCUCCGUGAAGCACAGAAUGUCCAAAGUCUUUCGUCAGAAGCGUUAGACGAUGUCCCCACAUAUGCAGCCAGACUUGUGUACCGAAUCGCGAGGCUUUGAAGAGCACUUCGACUAGCAACUCUGGAAACAGCUUCAGUGAAUUUGUGAGCGUUGUAGAAGAAAAAUCAGAAGAAGGCACUCUGGUAGUAGCAAGUCCUCUCUUGUGUACUUGAGUCCCAAGACGCCCAUCAAACAAAAAGACAAACAGUAACGGAGAGCAUUCCGGAGUCUACAACACUGUGAAAAGAGUUGUGAUUGCCGUGUGAAAAUGUGUGCAAGAAGGACCGCAGAGUACGAGGAGGACCUUGGUGGACCAAAAGAGAAGAAGGAACCACAACCUCACCUACUGGACGCUGUGUUCCAUCUGCAGCCUCAAAUAGUGCUGCGCAGAGCAGAGGUGAGUGAAAAUCAUCAACCAGAGUGGCAGCAGUCAGUGUCUCCUCAUAUCAAAGAGGAAGAGGAUGAAGAAACAGUUCAACACAUCAAAGAGGUGGAGGGAGACUUCGGGCACAUUAAAGACGAAGCGCUGGAGGAAAUCAUAAAGAUUCCAUCCACUGAUGUCCCUUUGAAGAGUGAAGGUGAAGGUCAAAGUGAGGCGAGCAGAUGUGUGGAGCCUCCAAGUAGCUGGUCAAGUGAACACGUGACAGCAAAAGAUGAUGGAGACCACUGUGGAGGAUCACCAACAUAUGGCCUCUUAGCGCCACUCUCUGAUAGUGAUGACAUGGAGUCACACUCGCCUCACAUUAAUGAUGACUAUGAACAGUCAGAAGGUUAUAUGACAUGUCAGACUAAAAAUGUCUGCUGGACUUGUUCUCAAUGUAGUAAAAUAUUUUCUUCCAAGCGCAGUUUGGUGCAACAUGUCAAAAUACACACAGGAGAGAAACCUUUUGCCUGCUCUAUUUGCGGCAAAAGAUUCACUCUCAAGGGAAACUUAACAACACACAUAAGAGCCCACACUGGUGAGAGACCUUUUGCCUGCUCAAUUUGUGGUCAAAGAUUCUCUCAGAAGGGAAGUGUAAAAAGACAUACACUAAUCCACACUGGUAAGGAAUCUUUCCCCUUCUCAGUUUGUGUUAAAACUUUCUCCAGUAAGGAACGGUUAAAAUUUCACACAAUAAGACACGCUGCUGAGAAACAUUUUGCCUGCUCAAUUUGUGGGCAGCAAUUCACUGAAAAGGAAAGCUUAAAAAAGCAUAAAAGAGUCCACACUUGUCAGAAAUCUUUUGCAUGCUCAGUUUGUUGUCAAAGAUUUACUCGGAAGGGAGACUUAAAAAGACACACAAUAACCCACACUGGUGAGAAACCAUUUUCUUGCUCAACUUGCAGUCAAAGAUUCACUCAAAAGGGAACCUUGAAAAUACACACCAGAUCCCACACUGGUGAGAAGCCUUUUGCCUGCACAGUUUGUGGUCAAAGAUUCACUCGGAAGGGAGUUUUAAAAAGGCACACGAGAACCCACACUGGUGAGAAACCUUUUUCUUGCUCAAUUUGCGGUCAAAAAUUCACUCAGAAGGGAACCUUGAAAAUGCACACCAGAACACACACUGGUGAGAAACCUUUUUCCUGCAGAGUUUGCGGUCAGAAAUUCACACGAAAAGGAUACUUAAAAAUGCACACAAGAACACCCACUGGUGAAAAACUUCUUUCCUGCUCAGGUUGUGACCGAAGAUUCUCUUGUAAGUCUGAGGUAAAGACACACAAUUGUGCUGGUAAGAAGAAUUAACACUGGUGUCAAAAUAAGUUUAAGGGACUGAAUGUUGUGGUAAAGACAGCGACUGUCGCUCAGUCAUAUGGGUCGUCCAGUCACUGAAAGGUCGACGAUUCGAACCCUCACUCCAACAGUCUGUAUGUCAAAGUGCAAGACCAAACCCUCAUUUGCUCCCAGUGAGUCUGGCACCGCCUUGUACGGCAUUAGCCGGCCGUUAGUUUAGGUGUAAAUUUCGCGACCAACUCAAAGAUUCCCACAAUAAACAUGCCUCCCUCCCCCCAGUUUUAAAACCACUGCUUUACGAUAAGAUAGUGACUUUUCAUUCAAUGUCUACAACUCCUGGGAGAAUAGUAGUUUGGUCAGCUAUUUGAUGUUGAAAUAGUGACGCUAUGGAAAAACGUGGGUUAAGACUGUAGUGUCUGUUGUAAACAAAGGUUACUUCUGGACAAUGUUCCCUCUUAUUUUUUACGUGUCUGAGCAAACACACUAAGGCUGUGAGCGCUCCUUUUGACCAGUGUGAGCAACAUCAGAUGUCUGCACGGUGGUCAGAUCAGUGUCAUCCAUUGAAGUUACAUGGCUCAUUAAAAGGUUCAGAUUUACAUUCCCAUCAGAACAUUUUUCAGAACAAUUUUGUUUUCACAAACUUUGACUGAAAAUGUCAACAACCAAAAAAAUACAAUACAAAUACAUACCAAGCCAACUAUCGAUCCAUCCAUCCAUUUUCUUCGCAGCUUAUCCUCACAAGGUUCACGGUUAGUGCUGGAGCCUAUCCCAACUUUCAACGGGCUGGAGGCAGGGUACACCCUUAACUGGUUGCCCCAAGCCAACUAUUAACUAUAAAUUUAAAUGUCACUUCCAACUUUUUUUUUUAAACCUACAAUGAUAUCCCCAUUUGUUUUUCUUGGCGUAAGACUGAAUUAUUGCUUGCAGAAUAUCUUUUGCAAUGCAUGUUGAAAGCUGAAUGAUGCUCCCAAACUGUUUUAGGGUUAUCGUUAUGUUGCUUCCUAUAUGUAAAAUACAGAAUUAGCUUUUUGGGCAAUGUAUCAUCUGUGCUUUCGUCCUUAAUCAGGCUGUGCCAAGGUUUUAACAUUCCACACCAUCUCAUCCAGUACUUUCUACUUUGGCUUCAGACCAGAUCUUUUUUACUCAAAGAAGAGAAAAUCUCAUCCAUUUUUACUACUUUUUUCUUCUAUUAUUCACAUACAUCCAUUGUUUGUAAUUAUGAGUGUACCCCUUUAAAAUGCAGGGGGCAGUGGCAGGUAAACUAGGAAGUAGAGUGUGUGGCAGAGAGUGGCCAAGCAGCAGCUCUUUCUGAGAGGCAGUGCAAUGCCGUGUUUUGUUUUGUUUUGUUUUUUUAAAAAAAGAAAACACACAUCAGGCUGUAGUUCAUUGCGUCGGAUCUGUUUUCCUCUGAGAGUGUGCGACAAGUGCGCAAAUGCGUAGUUGCGCAGUUUAGAGGGAACAUUGCUUCCGGAGCACAGCGCGAGUCCUCUCAUGCUUGUUUUAUGACAUGAAAACUAAAUCCUGUGGCAGCUGAUUCCUAGCCUUACAAUAUCUGGUCCGCAGCCAAACAACCUACGGAUCUCUGAAUUACUGGGCAAUUUUGUAUCGAUAAUGGAGUCUGCUACCAAUAGCCGUAUAUCGGAUGUUUAUGAACAGAUAUUCAGUCGCAUUGGUUAUCGCUCCCGACCCUAAAUUUCAGCCACAUUUUUGGCCUGCCCACAGGUUGGACAUGUCAACCUGUUACAGGCUGACAUUUUUCGUGGGAGCCAAUUAUAUUUCCUCAUUGAACUUCUAUUUUUAAGAGUCUAAUUUUGGGCCCUACUGAAAAAUAUUUCUGGGUGUAUUAUUUUUUUAGGCAAUGAGUGAAUUUCGUGUCAAUGAAAUAUGUUGGAAGUCUUAUUGUCUCGAAAAUCGUCAGACUCUUUGUGGUUAGAAGACAGCCACAUCAUUCCACAUUAAGUCAUUCUUGCAGAUUUCCUCACGUAAACUCAAUUUGAAAUUCAUUGCACCACAAAUGUAUGAUUUAUGUAUGCCUGUAUUGGUCAAAUCUAUGUAGACAUCAGAUUUGUUUCCGUAGAUAGCAUUAUGUGACUGAUUCAGCUCGCUCUCAUAUUGUCGGACGACCUAUCACGGUGGUCUCCUGUCCCAAAACUGCAGGUGAUCUUAUUUGACUUUUUCUAAUAAUUAAAUUCUCAAAUAUUGGGCUAAACGUUAUAUUUUCAAAAUUUUGGAGCUGCCAUAAGUAGACAUCUGCAUAUAUUUUGGUGUUGAUUGUUGACAGUUUUGAGAUGUGAAGCCACAUUUCUUGGGCUCAUGCACGAAUGAGGUUUCCAAACAUGUGGUACUCGCCCGAUGUUUUGUGUCAUUUUAAUGACGUCCUUAUUUAUCCCAAUCCAUAAAUUUGCAACAACAAAAAAUAGGACACAUUCAUGAGGGAACAUAAUUCUUGGGGUACUAUUUGUUGUUCAUGGGAUGCAAUGAUACAUGAAAGCAAUGCAAGAAACAAUAUCAACUGGUACAUGUACUCUUGGUACAUUCCUUUUCCUGCACCAGCAAUACCAGUGAUUUUUAAUUUUCAAUUUUAUUGAUGGGAAAAGGGGUGUUCGAAAGGAAAUUAAUUUACCAAUCACUCCAAAUUGGAAAUUACUGCUAGUUUCAUUUUCUUGGGCAUGCCUGCAUUUUGUUCAAUGUUCUAGUGAUGUCAAGAUUUUGUUCAAUGUUCUAAUGAUGUCAAGAUCAAAUGAGCAAACGAUUGAAAUGGACUGUAAAAACUUUGACUUUUGGUGGUAAAGUUUAGACAUGAUAAUAAAAUACACUGCUUAAAAC